UGUUUGUCGGUCACACUUUCGUUCGGUUACGAGUCCGCCAGCUGUUUGGGGUUGUCAGUGUUUCCACCGCGAAAGGUUGAGGGUGACCGGACGGUGAGAAGGAGGAAACUGAAGAAACAGGGGAGUUAAGCGUAGCGGCAGGAGGGAAGGUGGGGUCCCCCGGAGAGGAGAGAAGCGAGCUAAAGCUACGGUCGAAGGAAAGCGGGCCGCGGAGGGGCAACAGGAGGAGGGGCAGGAAGAAGGCGGACCGAGUAGGAGCAGCGAUUAUUAGCGGACCGUGUAGGGUGAAGGCUGGGAGCCUGUGAACACCGGCGGCAACCGGGAGGCAGGCAGCAAUGGAGAGCAAACUGGCGCCCAACGGGGACAUCUACAGCACCGUCAAUGGUCUCAUGGAGAAGGUACACUCGGAGAGCAAGGUGACGGCUAGGAAGAACGGCUUCGUGAAACCCGCUUUCGCCCAGAACGGGAAGAUUCAUCAUGUUGCACAGAAUGGAGGACUGUACAAGAAGCCAUUUAAUCAGUCUUUUGAGGAAACUCCUAUGCUCGUUGCUGUGUUGACCUACAUGGGUUAUGGAAUCCUUACAUUGUUUGGUUAUCUCAGGGAUUUCCUUCGGGAGUGGAAGAUUGAAAAAUGUCAUCAUGCCACUGAACGCGAAGAACAAAAGGAUUUUGUACCAUUGUACCAAGACUUUGAAAAUUUCUAUACCAGAAACCUGUACAUGAGGAUUCGAGACAGCUGGAACCGGCCCAUCUGCAGUGUCCCUGGGGCAAAGUUCGAUGUAAUGGAGAGAGUCUCUCAUGAUUACAACUGGACAUUUGAGUUUACUGGCACCGUCAUCAAAGAUGUCCUCAACAUGGGUUCAUACAACUACCUGGGUUUUGCUGAACGCCAGGGUUUCUGUGCAGAUGCAGCAGCUGAGGCAACCAUCCAAUAUGGAGUUGGGGUUUGUAGUACACGGCAAGAAAUUGGUAACCUAGAUAAACAUGAAGAGCUAGAAAAGUUAGUGGCUCGGUUCUUGGGAGUUGAAGCAGCCAUGGCAUUUGGAAUGGGCUUUGCAACAAACUCUAUGAAUAUUCCUGCUCUUGUUGGCAAGGGCUGUCUGAUCUUGAGUGAUGAGCUAAACCAUGCCUCUUUGGUGCUUGGAGCCAGACUUUCAGGUGCAACCAUCAGAGUUUUCAAGCACAACAAUAUGCAGAGCUUGGAUAAAUUGUUGAAAGACGCUAUUGUACAUGGGCAGCCACGGACUCGCAGACCAUGGAAAAAGAUUCUCAUUGUUGUGGAGGGAAUUUACAGUAUGGAGGGCUCUAUUGUCCGUUUACCUGAGAUAGUGGCAUUAAAGAAGAAAUACAAGGCUUACCUGUAUCUCGAUGAGGCUCACAGUAUUGGGGCGCUAGGACCAACGGGCCGAGGUGUGGUGGAAUAUUUUGACCUCAGUCCCAAGGAUGUGGAUGUCAUGAUGGGAACCUUCACUAAGAGUUUUGGUGCAGCUGGCGGAUACAUAGCGGGCAAAAAGGAACUCGUGGACUACCUUCGCUCACAUUCUCACAGUACAGUGUAUGCUACCUCAAUGUCUGCACCUAUUGCAGAGCAAAUCAUUGCAUCCAUGAAAUGUAUCAUGGGAGAAGAUGGCACCACACUUGGUCAAACCAGAGUUCAACAGCUGGCGGAGAACACUCGGUACUUCAGAAGAAGACUGAAGGAAAUGGGAUUCAUUAUCUAUGGAAAUGAUGAUUCACCAGUCGUGCCUUUGAUGCUGUACAUGCCAGCUAAAAUUGGUGCUUUUGGGCGAGAAAUGCUGAAAAGAAAUGUUGGUGUUGUGGUGGUUGGAUUUCCUGCUACUCCAAUAAUUGAAUCCCGAGCCAGGUUUUGUGUAUCUGCUGCUCACACCAGAGAGAUGCUGGAUACAGUUUUAAAAGUAAUAGGAGAAGUUGGUGAUCUCUUGCAGUUGAAAUAUUCACGACACAAAUUGGACCCUUUACUUGACUGUCCAUUUGAUGAAACCAUGUAUGAAGAAAACAAAGACUGAGCUGUGCCCUAGUUGGACGAAUGUUUGCUAGUCCAAAUUUCUCUUUUCAGUUAGAUACCACUCUGCUUCUUUGUGCUUCAAAUUUUCACACCUAUUUAUAUUUUUUAAAACCCAAGCUGAACUUGAAGGUGUUGAAUAAGUACUCGUUCACUAAAAUCAUUUUGUGUUUUGUUACCUGGAGCUACGUAUGCAGCUUUUCAGCAUUGAUUUUAUUUGCUGAGAAAUCAAAAGAACGUGCAUUUGCUUCUCCUGAAAGUUUCUCCCCUUAAACUUUGUCAACAAUAAGCUACUACACGAAUAUAAUCAGUUUAUUGGCAAGAUGGAGCCACUGUUCACAAGUAUGAAAUCUGAAUCUUUUUGGAAUGGUUUGAGUAACUCCAUACAUACCACAUUCCUCUUUCCUCCCUCCACACAAGAUUUUUCUUCCAAAUGUAUUUGCUAACUAUGCUGGGCUUGGUCUUUCAUAUAAUUGGUGCAAUAAGAAUCUUCAAAAGGUGAGGUGUGAUGGUGGCUUUGAAAAGCUGUUUAGAAUAACUUGCAAUGAUCCAAUUCAUUUUAUGUUUCUGUUCACAUACAAAGAGACCAAUUAAAAACUCCUGAGGCUAAGGCUGAUGGUGACUAGCCCUGAAUUGCCAAUUAAUUAAUGGUCGCCAAAAAUAGCACAGAUUCUCUGUACAACUGUUUAGGUUGCUUUUAACUCAUUUCAAAGGUGCUCCCUCCCCUCAGCUUCACAAAAUCUUUUUUAAAUUUAGUCCACUUGUGUGUGCAAUUUAGCAUUCAAAGUACAGUUGAUUACAACUACCAAUAUAAAGGUAAUGCUAGAAGUUUUUAAAAUCUGAAAUGAAAUUUUGAAAAUGUGUAUGGAGUUUGAAAGCUGGACCUUUAUCUCAAACAAUGGAAUCUUUGGACAUUAAGUAGGAAAUUAGGGUUUUGUUUAUAUCUUUGUUCUGGGAAUUUUAUUUGGAGAUUGUGGUAACUUAAUUUACCUGUAUAUUAAAAAUCUCAAAUUUCACCCAAAAUUGAAAUCAUCAGGUCACCACCGCCUCUUGAGCCGUAUAAUCUAAGAGCCCAAAUAAUGCAACAAAACAAUUCCUCAUCUUCCUCCUUUCCACUCCCUAGAAGAUUUAUUUCACUAGUAGCCACUGAAAUGUGAGAACACCCUUAUCUGAAACAGAAAAAAAUUUCUACCAUGCCUAUAAAAGAAGUAUGUUACAGACACUCCUUUUAGUAUGUAUCCACGCAUGAAAAGUGAUGCAGUUGAGCUUCAUUCAAUGGUACAUAGCCUGACUCAGAGGGAAUUGAUACAUUACUCCGCUGUCAGGUAGUAUUUUCAAUAUUUGUUAUUGCAUCUGUUGGUUUUACUGUGGGAGAGGGGAAGGAGGAUUGUUACAAUUUCAGCAUUUUUUUCCUGUACAAGGUAUUGCUGGAUGAAAAUGAAGUUUUCUGUAAAAAAGAAAAUUAACAGAGCUCCAUGUUCCAGAUCUUGUAUUCGAUAUUAGGUUUAUCAUUGCGGCCAAGCACUGAAAAUUUAGGCCAUGUGUGUCUUUGUUUGUGAUUUGUAAUACUGGAAGGAGUUUUUGCACAUAGCUGUAUGACUAUUCCAAAUUCUUUCAGAUUUGGAGUAAAUGGCCACAGGUAUGGUCUCUGCGCAAAUAAUGUAGAUGUUGCCGUAAAUGCUUCACAGGCAGUUGGUAUGUCUGCAGAAUUCUGCAUCUUUUAGCACGUCCAUAAACUUAAAACAUAAAGGGAAUGCACUGUGGCAUGUUUGUAAGUGUACUAGCCACUGGUUUAGCCUGUAAGAGAUUGCAUGAAAGUGAGAGGUAGUGCUGGAGGUUGAGAAAUGCCCUCCGAUGUUGAAUGUACUGGUAGUGUACCCAUCAUUCCUGUAUUGUAUGUUUAGUUGCCAGACCUCAGGAAUAGUCCUUAUUAUUCUGUUUAUAACAAGUGGAUCUCUAGUAACUUGAUUGUUAAAUGUACUGUGCAGUCAGCGUGAUGUUGAUACUAUAUUGUCCAGUGAACCCCUCCUGAAACACAUGGAUUUUGGGUGAGGACAGGAUCAUGCAACCUACUCGCCUCAAAAUUCACUUCUGAGGUGUGUGUAUUGAAGGUUGGUGCUUUGGGUGAGGUACCAGAGAACCGCUAUUGCCUGUGAAGUUAAACCCCAUUAUAGUACAAAUCCAUGCUUUAAUUAUGAAAAGAGCUAGAAGAGCGGGAAAUUGAGGCCACAGAUUUGCCAGAUAGUUGGCUAUGCCAGGGAUGGAGAAUAAAAAUGAUCUUGCAACUCAUUUCCCCCUCCCCCAAAUUUGAAUUGACUGUGUAGUAUUUCACUUGUCAUGAUAAGGAAAAUGCUGGUGAAUCCUAAAGUUCCAGAUCCAAUGCCAUCAUCAUGUUCUUUUUCUUAUUUCAAAUCAGCAAUUUGAAAUCGCUCCACUUCUUAUUUUUCUAACUCCAGAUCAGUUCAAGCAUAUUACACAUCUCACUGAACUUUAAGGGAUGACAUACCAUGUGAAAUACUUGUAACUUUUUGUACUAAAAUAUGCAAUCAAGAAUUGUUUCGUUAUUGAUUGGGUUCCUUUUUCUGCUUAAAUUGACUUAAGCAGCAGAUCAUUGUAAGCAAAUGCAGCUUUAGUUUCUCUAGGGAAGUAUUCACUUUUGUUUUUAAGGAAAAAAAGAUUUAAUAUAAUUAUUGUACUAUUAAAAUGUAGUUUGAGUUCUCCAUGUUUCAAGCUAUGUUCAUGAGCUGUCACUAAGGCUGCUUAUGUAACAUAUUCUAAAUGGUGCUUUCAUUAUUAAAUAACUCUGGAUCAAUCAGUUAAAUUAAUUAUAUAAUUAUGUUCUCAUAGUUCUGCUAUUCCAAAUUAAUAUUGUUUCUUUCUCCUCUUGCUAGGAAGGCAUAGUUAUAGUUAUUACACUUCUUUAUUCUAUCUAGUUUUUUGCUCAUUACUCUUGCCCCAAGCAAAGUAUUACUAUAGAGUCAGUUGUUGUUUUCCAGCUGCUUUACUGCAAGUCCUAUAAAUUUUCUUUUUGCAAUGCGAUACCAACUUCUGAUGCACUUUCUCAACCACACCUUCUACAUUUCAGUUUUGUCUGCUAUAUUUUGAUUGGCUUUUGAAUUCUAUAGCAAGUUUGUCUCUUCCCCCCCCACCCAACUUUGCAUUUGGAAAUAUCACCAGCUUUUGAGUGCAGUUUGCUAUUAAACAUAAACUUGUCAUUAGAGAGGAGUUAAUUUGAAAUGUAAUGUCCAGUUGACUUGCAAAAAGGAGAAAUCUGUUCACGCUUGCUCAUCUACAUUGAAGCUUUCCACCUGAUCUUGACUUUUUAUAAGCUUUGUACAUUGUAAAAGGUGUGAUUGCUUAUUGUCUCCUUUUAAGAUUAAUAUGUAAGUAUCCUUUCUGUUUAAAUGCAUAACAAUUAAGCAUUCCUAUGAAAGUCAGCUUGACACUGAUAGAGCAGGUUCCCUAUGCAAAGUAUUUUUUUACAAGUAAACAGCAACGGUUCAGUAAACAAUGCUGGAAGAACAUUUAUUUUCCACCUUCAACUUCCUUGAUAGCAUUUGUUUGUAGCUGAAAAAGUUUCUCAUUUCUGGCUGUAGAAAUACAGAUUUGGUUUUCUAUUGAUUAUGGUCAUUGUCAUUUCCACUUGGGCAUCAAAUAUGCAAUGGCCACACUUUCUGGAAAAUCCUAUCAGAGGGUAUGCUGGGAGAAAAAAAAAAUUCCUCGGUAAUCUGUCAGAGCAGCUAGUUUAGGGAAAUGAUGCUUGACCGAGUUUUUAAGAAUAUAAUUUCCAGGUAGUUCCAUAAAUGCUGUGAACAGAUGCAAGCAGCAGCAAGAAAUGUCAUCCUGCUGCAACAUGUUUUCUUUAAACCAGUUUUUUUUUACUGUACAUUUUUGACAGCGCAUACAAAUAAUCCUGGCUAACACAAUGUCACGAAUUUCAUGGAAAGUUAUAUCGGGGGUAAUGUGUUAGAGAUUGGGAAGGGUACUGCAACAUUCUCCCAUUUUGCACGUCCAUGUAAAAACAAGCUUUCAUUUUAUCACAUCCUUUAAUCCUUAAUAUAUUGACACAUUACAAAGUAUGAUUUGCAAAUCUCACAAAAUCACAUUUGAGAGUUCAAUGUAUUGAAAACUAUCUUUUCACUAUGAUGUUUUAUAUUUGUGCAUUCAUAAAUCUAUCACUGGUCAUCAAUGUUGCUUUUGACUUUAAGAUGACUUUUUUCUCAUUGUCCUGUGAAUUUUAAGCUCACAAGUGCAGUUAUUUUUAGCUGUGUGAUCAGGAUGCUGCCAAUUCCAGACAAGUCAGUGGUUGUACUUAACCAAUUGACAGUCAAGGCAGUUAUGAAAGACCACACAAGAGACCCUUACAUAGGCCUACGGCGUGUUGAAGCUAUGCAGACUUUUUGUUAUACACAAUAGAACUUUUCAUAAUGUUUGUUUUUUUUAAGAAAAGUUACUUUCCUUGUUGGGGAAAUGUCUUUUUUUAAAUUGGAUGAUUCGUUGGAAGCUGAUUAACACAAGUUCAUGUACUACAACUUCUCUAUGUGAGCAGGCUCUAGAAGUGCACCUUUUAUUUAUCUCCUGAAGAUACCAUAGUGCACUUGUUAGCAUCACAGAGUGCACUCUCAACUCUGCCAUGCCGUCAUGAAAGGGAAGAGAACAAUGUUAUAUGCCCCCCUCCUGUUAGCCAGCUAAUGCCAUGGGGAAGGCAUGUCUGAUUUCUCUGCCAAUGAAUGGUAAUGGUCUUAAGGCAUCUGCUGAUGGGGCAGCAGUUAUCAGGAAAUUAUUUUGAAAAUUUCAGUGCACUGGUUUAUCGGUGCAACUAGAGCUUUGAACCUUUUCGUUAAUGCAUUUAAUCUAGUCUUGAAACACUACCAAUUGAAACAACAGCUGUAAACUCUGUAAUCAGACUGUGGCUACAGAGGCCUGCUGUGCCACCUACUGCAAAGGUAGUUUCAAAAUCAGUUGGUCAUUUUUCUCACAGGUGUUUUUGCUCACUUGCACUAAAAAAGGACUGUUCAAUUUAAGAAUUAAACAUAUCUUUUCCCAAUGUUUCAUAUCGGCUGCCAAUGCAUAGUCUUCUCUUAAACUGUUUUGAGGAAAAGGAAGACUAUUACGUCUUAAUGCCGAUAGGUCAGGAUUGUACUGGUUUGCACUCUUCAGGCACGAAAAGACUUCUCCAACUUCCUUAAAGUAAAGGAACUGCUUCUUGCAGGGCGGACCAAGAAGGGCACUGUAAAGUGGUGUGUAAUCAGGAUGUGGAUUGCUGGAUACAUUGUGGGAGUCUCAACUGUGAACUGCAGUAGUGCCUUGUUAAGUAGCAUAUUGUUGAGUUUUAUUUAGUUUGUGAACUGGAAUAUUAGAAAAGGAAGAGAAGAAAUUGAAUGCCAGUCUCUCUCUCUCUUUUGUACUGUACCAUGUUAGAUACCAAACAUACUCGGACGUAUCUGCUCAACAUAAUGACUUGAUUUAUUGUUGGAUUUAAAAGGUUGAUGCUCACUUGUGGCAUUGUGUUGAUGUUUGGACAGUGUUGACUAUAGUUAUGCAAACCAAUAUGUAUCACAGGAAUGUCUGAGUAAUUAACCUCUUCCUGUGUUCUGGUGUUGCUAAAGUAAGGCAUGUGAAGUAUUUCUAAUAGGACCAGAUAAAUACUAAUGUUGACUUUGCUGCUGACAUAGCAGUAUUUUACCCAUUUGUAGAGGUAGCAAGGAUUUUGUUAUAACUUACGUUCAGUUUGCUUUUCUGUUGAAAAACAGGAUGACCUUUGCCUAAAUGCAAUUUAAGAACAUAAAUGUAUGCCUUUGGAAUACUAAUUUUUGCCAAUUUUGAUGCCCACAAUGCUCCCUGGAUUAUAAAUUAGUAUCUUGAUUUGUCAUUGUGUGCUGUGGUAGAUAGUGUCGAGCUAUAGAUGCAGUUCCGUCAUUUUAAGCAAUCUUUGAACUUAUUGCAAGAAAUCAAAACAUCCAUUUGAUAAAGUGCUGUAUAUUCUGUGAACAUAUUGUAAAAUCAAAGGCAGAACCACCUUUAUUCAAAUGUGAUUUUGCUGCAUAUUUUGUACUAAGCUUCCUAAUAACUUUGGCUUCAGAUUAGGAAUGAUUUUGUUUGUCACUUAAAUCAAGGCCAAGAAAAGAGUUCUUAGUGUGUUCUGAAAAUGAUAAAACACAAAUCUCCGAACUGGCAUACAGCCAGCCUAAUAUAACCAUGUUCAUGACACUCGAUUUAAGGAUAAAAUGAAAUUUGGUUAAUUCUUGUGUUUUGAAAAAUUUUUUUUAGAAAAUGGUGAUGGAAAGAUCCUCUUUGCCUUAUCUCCGUUUUUCUCAUUGAUUUGGUUAAUAAUUACUUAAUUUUAGUUGUGAUUGUAUGAAUUUUAAUCUGGAAUGACUGAAGGUUGCAUUGAUGUUUGUAACAAAAGUCUCUACAUUUUUGCCCGGGAUAGUAGAAAAUCCAAUAUUUAUUGAGAAUUUGGAAAUCCUAAUGAGUGACUUUGCCCCUUCUCUUUUUGUUGUUGGAUGGAGGGUAGCAGUGGGAAGAAAUGAAGUUGCCCUUAGAAAUUCUGUCUGCCUCUGCACGUUUCAGCAGUCAAAUGUUUCAAUUUGGUUCGCUUUUCACAUUUGAAUGAUCUUGGUCCCAGUGGUGGAAUACCAUUUGCAAUGUAUUAUAAAUGCAAAUUAAUAUCCCUUACUAUUUCUGUACAUAUCCUAUUCUUUUGUACAUGAGAUGUUAUAAGUGUACUUUUUGAUGGGACUCAGUGCAGUAGUGUUUUAUAUUGGAACCUUGUCUGCCUUUUACCUUGAAUGUGGUUUUACUAUAUCAUUGGUUUAUGAAAGUGUAAUUUAUUCAUGCAUUCUGGUGCAUGUUGAAAACACUGGAGAAUCGAUAACUGCUUGAAAAGUCAACUGAAAUGUAUGUUCUAAAUAAAAACUUUCAAUAUG